AUGUUUCUCUCCACUGAUCAUGGCACCACGCAAAAGUUAACACGCGAAGAAAAAUUAGAGAAGAAGCGUCAAGCGGAGAGGUUACGCUAUCAAAAAAUUAAAAAUGAUCCAGAAAAAUAUAAAAUACAUAAACAAAAAGAAAAGGAAAGAUAUUUAAAAAAGAAGGAGAAAGGAAUAAUAAAAACUGUCGACCAAAUGACUUUCAGAGAGCAGCGUAAGGCACGCAUAAUGUGGAAGAAGAGAGCUAGGGAGCGUAGGCAACGACUUGCCCUUCAAAAUAUAGACAAAUAA